AUGGGCUGUUUCCCCAGAUUCUCCAGGCCUGCCCCCAUGUUCUUGGAUGACUCCUUCCGCAAGUGGGCCCGCAUCCGAGACUUUGUGCCACCGUUUGGAAUUAAAGGACAAGAUAACCUGAUCAAAGCCAUCCUGUCAGCCACCAAAGAGUACCGCCUGACACCUGCCCUGGACAGCCUCAGCUGCCGCCGCUGCAUUAUCAUAGGGAACGGAGGUGUCCUUGCCAACAAGUCCUUGGGAGCUCGGAUCGAUGACUAUGACAUUGUGGUCAGGCUGAACUCAGCUCCGGUGAAGGGUUUUGAGAAGGAUGUUGGGGGCAAGACCACCCUGCGCAUCACUUACCCUGAGGGUGCCAUGCAGCGGCCGGAGGAGUAUGAGAAGGACUCACUCUUUGUCCUGGCUGGCUUCAAGUGGCAAGACUUCAAAUGGCUCAAGUACAUUGUCUACAAGGAGAAAGUGAGUGCUUCGGAUGGUUUCUGGAAGUCAGUGGCCACUCGGGUGCCCAAGGAGCCGCCUGAGAUACGCAUCCUCAACCCCUACUUCAUCCAGGAGGCUGCCUUCAGUUUCAUUGGACUCCCCUUCAACCAUGGCCUAAUGGGCCGGGGGAACAUCCCCACUCUGGGCACCGUGGCAGUCACCAUGGCCCUGCACAGCUGUGACCAGGUGGCAGUGGCUGGCUUUGGCUACGACAUGAGCUCACCCAACGCCCCCCUUCAUUACUACGAAUCUGUUCGCAUGGCCGCCAUCAAGGAGUCCUGGACACAUAACAUCCAGCGAGAGAAGGAGUUCCUUCGGAAGCUGGUAAAAGCCCGUGUCAUCACUGACCUCACCAGUGGCAUCUGAAGGGCCCCGGACGUGGCUCGUGAUGCACCAGCCUCCACAGGAUGCCGGGCCCAGCCUGUGACGGGAGAGCCGCCUUCCUUCUUUGUAACUGGACCCCGGAUGGACGAGGAGCCUCUGGGUGGGCAAGUGCCAACGGCCACCAGUGCCAGCCUCAACCUGCCUAGCCUCCUUCGUCUAGGCAGGACUUCCUGGGAGAAACACUGGCCCCAGACUGGGCUUUGCUUGGGACUGAGGAACUUGCCUGAGACGGGGUGCUCUGCCUGGCCCUGAAAGACCCUUCCUGGAUCUGAGACCUGCCUGGAACUGAAGGGGUCUGCCUGAGAGUAGGGGGCCCUGACUGGCUGGCUGGCAGGGUCUGGCCUUCAGGGCCCCUGGGAAAGUCUCUUGCCUCGGUGUUUGCUGUAUUUUAUUUUAUUUUGUGGAUGCAGAGU